AUGCCACGGCUCCCCUGGGUGUUGAUUCCAGUUGCUCCUGGAGUAGGGUCCCGGCCCGGGUGCCCCGAGGUCAUCUCGCCACCCAGGUUGAAUCGGGUCUGGCCCCGGCCGGGCGCGGGCUGCUCGGGGGCGGCGCCUCUUCUCGCGCCCCGCGGUUUCUCUCUCUCUCCUCCUGGAGGCAGCGCGCCUUUGCCCUGUUCUGGGACCGGACUGAUGUUUCUGGGAAACGAAACUAAACCUCUCUAAAGUUUCCAGCUAAGGCCCUUUUCUUUUCCUGCUCCCCGGCGAGUCCGAGUCGGGGCGCGGGGCAGGGCCGGGGGCUCAGUGUGUCCUGGGGACUUGGCCCGCGGCGGGGCGGACGGGGCCGGGUGCUCGGGGCGGGGCUGGACGCUGCUGACCGUGGUCUCCGUGCGCCCCGCAGGCAGCGAGCCCGCCCCGCCGCGCCCGGCCGCGAGCGAUGAUCACCUAAGAGGCUGGCGCGGGCGGGCGUGAGCGGCGGAGGAGCCGGAGCGGCGACACGCGGCCAUGGAGCGCGAGCCUGCGGGACGGCGGCGGCGGCGGCGGCGGAGGCGCCGGGAGGGCGGGACGCGCACGGUGCGCUCCAACCUGCUGCCGCCCCCGGGCGACGAGGACCCCACGGCGGGCGCGGCCAAGGGCGGGCGGCGGCGGUGGCGGUGGCGGCGCGGGGGCGCCCAGCACCUGGCGGACAACCGGCUCAAGACCACCAAGUACACGCUGCUGUCCUUCCUGCCGAAGAACCUGUUCGAGCAGUUCCACCGCCUGGCCAACGUGUACUUCGUCCUCAUCGCGCUGCUCAACUUCGUGCCGGCGGUGAACGCCUUCCAGCCCGGCCUGGCGCUGGCGCCCGUGCUCUUCAUCCUGGCGGUCACGGCCUUCAAGGACCUGUGGGAGGACUACAGCCGCCACCGCUCCGACCACGACAUCAACCACCUGGGCUGCCUGGUCUUCAGCAGGGAAGAAAAGAAGUUCGUGAACCGGUUCUGGAAAGAAAUCCACGUGGGAGACUUUGUGCAUCUUCGCUGCAAUGAAAUCAUCCCCGCCGACAUUCUGCUGCUGUCCUCCAGUGACCCCGACGGGCUGUGCCACAUCGAGACCGCCAACCUGGACGGGGAGACCAACCUGAAGCGGCGGCAGGUGGUCCGUGGCUUCUCGGAGCUCGUCUCCGAGUUCAAUCCUUUGACGUUCACCAGCGUGAUCGAAUGCGAGAAGCCAAACAACGACCUGACUCGGUUUCGCGGCUGCAUCAUACACGACAAUGGGAAGAAGGCCGGGCUGUAUAAAGAGAACCUGCUGCUGCGGGGCUGCACGCUCAGGAACACGGAUGCGGUCGUCGGCAUCGUCAUCUAUGCAGGACAUGAGACCAAGGCUCUGCUGAACAACAGCGGGCCCCGCUACAAGCGAAGCAAGCUGGAGAGGCAGAUGAACUGCGACGUUCUCUGGUGUGUGCUGCUUCUUGUUUGCAUGUCUCUGUGUUCAGCGGUUGGACAUGGACUAUGGACGUGGCGGUAUCAAGAGAAGAAGUCCUCCUUUUAUGUCCCCAACUCUGAUGGAAGCUCCUUGUCCCCAGUCACAGCUGCAGUCUACUCCUUUCUAACCAUGAUCAUAGUUCUGCAGGUUUUGAUCCCAAUUUCCUUAUACGUUUCCAUUGAGAUCGUGAAGGUAUGCCAAGUGUACUUCAUUAACCAGGAUAUGCACUUGUACGACGAAGAAACAGACUCGCAGCUGCAGUGCCGAGCUCUGAACAUCACGGAGGACCUGGGCCAGAUACAGUACAUCUUCUCAGACAAAACUGGCACCUUGACAGAGAAUAAGAUGCUUUUCCGAAGAUGCACUGUGUCUGGUGUAGAAUAUUCUCAUGAUGCGAAUGCGCAGCGUCUGGCCAGGUACCAGGAGGCAGACUCGGAGGAGGAGGAGGUGGUGCCCAGAGGGGGCUCCGUGUCCCAGCGCGGCAGCAUCGGGAGCCACCAGAGUGUCCGGGUGGUGCACAGAACCCAGAGCACGAAGUCCCACCGGCGCACGGGCAGCCGGGCUGAGGCCAAGAGGGCCAGCAUGCUGUCCAAGCACACGGCCUUCAGCAGCCCCAUGGAGAAGGACGUCACGCCCGACCCGAAGCUGCUGGAGAAGGUGAGUGAGUGUGACAGGAGCCUGGCCGUGGCGAGGCACCAGGAGCACCCGCUGGCCCACCUCUCCCCCGAGCUGUCUGACAUCUUCGACUUCUUCAUUGCACUCACCAUCUGCAACACGGUGGUCGUCACGUCCCCGGAUCAGCCACGACAGAAGGUGAGGGUGAGGUGUGAGCUGAAGUCCCCCGUGAAGACAAUAGAGGACUUCCUGCGGAGGUUCACGCCCAGUCGCCUGGCCUCAGGCUGCAGCAGUAUCGGGAGCCUGGCCAGCACCAAGUCCAACCACAAGUCAGGCUCCAGCUUCCUGUCCACUCUGUCCAGCGACAGCAUGCUUCUCAGGCUGGAGGAGAGGCUGGGCCAGCCCGCCCCGGCCAUCGCCAGCAACGGCUACAGCAGCCAGGCGGACAGCUGGGCCGCGGAGCUCGCUCAGGAGCAGGAGCCGGAGCGCGAGCUGCGGUACGAGGCGGAGAGCCCGGACGAGGCGGCGCUGGUGUACGCGGCCAGAGCCUACCGCUGCACGCUGGUGGACCGGCUGCACGACCAGGUGUCGGUGGAGCUGCCCCACCUGGGCAGGCUGACCUUCCAGCUCCUGCACACGCUGGGAUUCGACUCGAUCCGCAAGAGGAUGUCCGUUGUGAUCCGGCACCCGCUCACCGGCGAGAUCAGCGUCUACACCAAGGGGGCCGACUCGGUGCUCAUGGACCUCCUGCUGCCCUGCUCUUCAGAUGACGCCAGAGGGAGGCAUCAGAAAAAGAUCCGGAGCAAAACUCAGAAUUACCUCAACCUGUACGCGGUGGAAGGCCUGCGCACCUUGUGCAUCGCCAAGAGGGUUCUGAGCCAAGAAGAGUAUGCCUGCUGGCUGCAACGCCACCUGGAAGCAGAAUCCUCCCUGGACAACCGCGAGGAGCUCCUCUUCCAGUCUGCCAUUCGCCUGGAGACAAACCUGCACCUGCUGGGUGCCACUGGGAUUGAAGACCGUCUGCAGGAUGGAGUCCCUGAGACCGUGGCUAAACUGCGUCAGGCGGGCCUGCAGAUUUGGGUUCUCACCGGUGACAAGCAGGAAACAGCGGUCACCAUCGCAUAUGCCUGCAAACUGCUGGACCACGACGAGGACGUGCUCACCCUGAACGCCGAGUCCCAGGAGACGUGUGCAGCUCUGCUAGACCAGUGCCUACACUACGUGCAGUCCAGAGGCCUCCACAGAACCCCUGAGAAGACCGACAGCAAAGUGAGCGUGGGGUUCUCCCCUCUCUGCCCACCCUCCACGUCCACUGCCUCUGGCCGCAGCCCCAGCCUCGUGAUUGAUGGGAGAAGCCUGGCCUACGCCCUCGAGAAAAACCUGGAGGACAAAUUCCUCUUCCUUGCCAAGCAGUGCCGCUCCGUCCUCUGCUGCCGAUCGACGCCUCUGCAGAAGAGCAUGGUGGUGAAGCUGGUGCGGAGCAAGCUCCAGGCCAUGACCCUGGCCAUAGGGGACGGAGCCAAUGAUGUCAGCAUGAUCCAGGUGGCAGAUGUGGGCGUGGGAAUCUCCGGUCAGGAGGGCAUGCAGGCAGUGAUGGCCAGCGACUUUGCGGUGCCGAGAUUCCAAUACCUGGAGAGGUUGCUGAUGGUUCACGGGCAUUGGUGCUACUCCCGACUUGCCAACAUGGUGCUGUACUUCUUCUACAAAAACACAAUGUUCGUGGGCCUGCUGUUCUGGUUCCAGUUUUUCUGUGGCUUCUCUGCCUCUGCCAUGAUUGACCAGUGGUAUCUCAUCUUCUUCAAUCUGCUCUUCUCAUCGCUGCCGCAGCUCGUGACUGGGGUGCUGGACAGGGACGUGCCGGCAGACACGCUGCUGACCAGGCCGCAGCUCUACAAGAGCGGCCAGAACAUGCAGGAAUACCGGCCGCGAACAUUCUGGUUUAACAUGGUGGACGCUGCCUUCCAGAGCCUGGUUUGCUUUUUCAUCCCUUACCUGGCCUACUACGACUCGAACGUGGACCUGUUUACCUGGGGGACCCCCAUCACGACCAUCGCGCUGCUCACCUUCCUGCUCCACCUGGGCAUUGAAACCAGAACCUGGACCUGGCUCAACUGGAUAACGUGUGGCUUCAGUGUCCUCUUGUUUUUCACCGUGGCUUUGAUUUACAACGCUUCUUGUGCCACGUGCUUUCCUCCGUCCAACCCUUACUGGACAAUACAAGCCUUACUGGGCGACCCAGUGUUUUACUUGACUUGCCUGGUGACGCCUGUCGCUGCGCUGCUGCCCAGAUUGUUUUUCAAAUCCCUCCAGGGGAGCCUUUUCCCCACCCACCUGCAGCUGGCACGUCAGUCGGCCAGGAAGUCCCCCAGGAGACUCAACGCUCCCAAAGAGACCUUUGCUUGGGGAUGCCUCCCAAGGGACCCGGGAACCGAGCACGCAGAAGGGAGGACCACCCAGACCUCUGUGCCCCUGUCCCAGCCUUCUUGGCACACACAGCGGCCGGCCUGCUCCCCGGAGGCCAGUGGGGAGCCCAGCGCGGUGGAUGUGAGCGUGCCACUGAGGGACCACCCCCUGCUGGAGGGGCUGAGCGCGCGGGCCCCCAGGACCUCCACACCGGGGGAGGCUGCCCCGGGAGGGUGUCCCAAGGAGCCCAAGGUGAGAGCUGCCAACACCGGCAGGGCCUCCCCGCUGUCUUCCCUCUUCAGCCUGCCCACCUUCAGCUCAGUCAACUGGAUUUCCUCCUUGUCACUGGUCAGCAGGCUGGGGAGUGUCUUACAGUUCUCGGAGCAGCCCGCACGUGGACAAGCGGGACGUGCACUUCCUGUCCCGCCCCGCCCAGGUCGACCAGGACUUCAGGGCCCAGGCCACGAACUACUUCUAGGCGCACCUGCAAGGCGGUCGCAGUGAAAACCUUGAAGUAGCCUUUGUCUAUACAUGCAACAUAGAUGUUAAUAUUAUUUAUGUGUAUUAUUUGCACAGAAGAGUUCUAGGGAAUGUGUUUCUAAAUGUUUCCAAGGCUAAUACAGGGAACUAGAGGUACCAAAAAAGAAAGUUUAUUUUUUAAAGUUCUAAGUAGAGUAUAUUGAACAGAAAAAGAAGAGCUUUAACAUAUAUAAAAGUUUAAAGAAGAGCGACA